UCAAUACAUACGUUUGAAUCUCCUUGUUAUUCUGAAGGAGGAACUAUUGCUACUCUUUGAUUGUUUUAGCUGUUGAUGAUAUUAUUAUGUCUUUGUGAAACACAUUUAUGGAUGGUGAAGUUAAUGAAACUUAUAUAACCCUUAAAGGACAUGUAGAGUUGGACAGAUUCAGAUAUCUUUAUUUUGCAGUCAUGCUAGCAGCGUAUGCUUGUAUCGUCGUCUGUAACCUGACCAUUGUGUAUGUUAUAUGGACGCAUGAAAACCUCCAUGAGCCCAUGUACGUUUUCAUCGCCGCUUUGCUUCUGAACUCUGUUGUUUUCAGCACUAACAUCUAUCCCAAACUGCUGUCAGAUUUUCUAUCAGAGAAACAGAUUAUAUCAUAUUCGGCUUGUUAUUUGCAGUUUUUUCUCUUUUAUUCUCUAAGCGGCUCAGAGUUUUCACUGCUGGCAGCAAUGGCCUACGAUCGUUACGUGUCCAUAUGUAAACCUUUACAAUAUCCAACAAUAAUGGGGAGAAACACGGUUAGUAUUUUCUUGAGUUUGGCUUGGCUGGUGCCUGCCAGUGUGACCGGUGUGCAGGUGAUACUGAGCUCCAACAUUAAACUGUGUAGACUGAAUUUGGAUGGGGUCUUGUGUAACAAUUCAAUCUACCAUAUGUACUGUGUAAGCUCAAAAGUCCACAUUGUAUUUGGUGCUCUUUCUGUGGCUUUCAUUGUUUUUUUCUCCCUGCUUUUCAUCGUUUUUACUUACAGCAGAAUAUUGAUCAUAUCCUAUCGUAGCUCUAAAGAAGUCAGAAAGAAAGCUGCUCAGACCUGCUCGCCCCACUUGCUGGUGCUGAUCAGUUUCUCCUGUUUGUGUGCGUUUGAUGUCAUCAUAGCUCGACUGGGAUCCAACCUUACAAAAUUAAUCCGUUUAAUAAUGACUUUACAAGUAAUUUUGUAUCAUCCUCUAUUUAAUCCAAUCAUAUAUGGUUUAAAAAUGAAGGAGAUAUCAAAACAUUUGAGAAGGUUGUUUUCUCAAGCUAAGGUCUUAUAG